AUGGCUCGCAUCUACAUAGGUAACCUCCCCAUGGACGUGACGGAGAAAGACAUGGACGACGUCUUCUACAAGUUCGGCAGGAUCGUCGACAUCGACCUCAAGACUCCCGCCCGGCCACCGGCUUUCGGAUUCAUCACAUUUCAAGACGCAAGGGACGCCGAAGAGGCCGUCAGGGCCAGGGAUGGGUACGACAUGGACGGAAGCCGGCUGCGCGUGGAGAUCUCCCGCGGGCGACGCGACCCCUUCGGUAUGGGUGGAGGGGGACACGGAGGCCGGAUGGGCAUGCCGAUGGGAGGGGGAAGAGGUGGAUUCGGCGGCCGCGGAGGCGCUGGCUUCCAGCAGACGGAAUACCGUGUCAUCGUUACCGGGCUUCCGCCCAGCGCCAGCUGGCAGGACCUGAAGGACCACAUGCGGAAGGCGGGCGAGCCGACCUACACCGAUGUUGACCACAAGGGCGGUGGGAUCGUCCACUUCAGGACCAGGGACGACAUGGACUAUGCCCUGCGGAAGCUAGACGGGUCGGACUUCAGGAACCCUUUCGAGAAGAGCCGCAUCAGCGUCCUUCCCCACAGGGGCGUCGGCGGGGGCCGCGACUCGCGCAGCCGGUCCCGCUCUCCCAAGCGGAGCAGAAGGGCGCGCACGCCCUCGAGCUCGCGGUCGAGGUCCAGGAGCGUGCGCCGCGGCCGCCGCGGCCGCUCUGCCUCGAGGAACUCCGACAGGGGGAGGAAGUCCUCCCGUAAGGACGACGACGACGACGAUGGCGACGAGCCCAAGCAGGACCGGAGCCGCGACAGCCCCCGCCGCGGCGACUCCUCCGAGCCUAACGGGACCGCCAACGGCAAGGACAGCAACGGUGACGCCGACCACAAGGGAGACGAUGACGCCGCCGGCAGCGAGGGUGACGGGGGAAGAGGAGAGGGCGGCGACGACAAGGACGCGGCCAUGUCCGAGGCGGCCGGAGAGGACCCUCAGGCCGUUUCCGCCGAGGCAUGAUGGGCCGGGGCUCAUCGGGAUGAUGGUCAUUUCGGGGUAAUGGCCUCUCUGCUGUAGGACACGCUGAUUGUUGGGGGGUGGGUGGACGAAGCCAACUCUUCGUAUGUCAUCUAGUUUUGCUUGUUUGUUUUGCAUUUCUGCUGUUUUUGUUUGGUUGCACCUAGUGAUGUGCACAUUUAAAAAAAGUGGGAGGCAGUUAGCGUUUCGCGAACCCGCGAAGGCUGUCUGACUUGUCGGAUAUCCGCGGUGCACAUGUUAGUGGUUCAUGGAACGCAUGGAUGUCCAUGUGCAAACGCUGUACGCGCUCGAUGGGAGAUACAUGGGCUGUGUGACGGCUCGGCAUGUUACCGAGGUCGACAACACGGUGGCUAUAUCUUGGACCAAGCGUUUGGGCAGGCCUGGUUGCGCUGGCGGUAGCAGGCACGCCUUAGAGACGUUCGUGCUGUACUUUAGGUGGAUCUGUCGGUGGAAUUGUUGUUUUUGUUGUUAAGAUUUGGUACGCAAGGUUUUUUUCCGCCAAGAAAACGGUCGCGGAGAAAUUAGCUAAUUUGUUUGUAGGCUACGGCGAGAGAAGGGCGGGUGCUAGAGAUUAUACAGUAGUAGGCGUGCGGUCGGCGGCGGCGCUUUUUUUUUUUGCUCUCCGUUAUUCUCGCUGUUUUCGCUUCCAGGCGCCGUUGCGAGCUCUCAGUCAAGGGCCGUCCCGGCUCUCUCCUGGAGACGGCGAGAAAGGUGGAGACGGCAGCGAG